AUGCACCUCCACUCCGGCGUGCAUCGAGGCUACGAGAUUCAGUGCCCUUUCUGCCAGUGCCAUCGCGCUACAGCCGCCGGUCUAACGCACCACAUAGAAACUGGCUCAUGUCCAAGGGCUGCCGGAGUCACGCGUGACACGCUUUAUAGGCUCAUAAGAAGCAACGACCCCCAGGGCACCAUCACCAAUAACCUGCUCGGCUGGAGUGGCUCGACGCAGUACGAGGCCAAUGAGCUUGCGUACAAUAGGGCUCGUCGCGGCUGGGAGUGCUAUCUCUGCCACCGAGUGUUUGACAGAUUACCGGUCCUGAAUCGACACCUGAACUCUCCUAUUCAUCAAGAGAGCUUGUACCACUGUCCGAACCGACAGUGUGGGAAGGAGUUCACGGUCUUAGCGGGGAUCAUCAAUCACCUUGAGAGCGAAUCAUGUGGCUAUAUGAGAUUCGAAGACGUGCAACGAGAUAUUCAUAAUGUGGUGGGCGGGAGCAAUUUGCUGUCGUUCUAA